UGCUUGGAGCCAAUUAUUCUUUUUUUUUUUUGUAAUGAAGACACCUUUUUUGUAAAAAUUCUUAAAGGAAACAAUUCAAGAGGAAAGGGAAGUACAUGUACAAAGCCCUUCAUGAUUCUUCAUUAAAGAAGAGCAGAAUUGUGAAAGUGACUAAAGCGCCAAAGUCAAACAAGGGACAAAAACAAUUCUUCUUCCAUCAUUUGAAUUUUUUUUUUAAAAAAACUAUAUUUGCAGCUGCUGCCAUUUGCCAUAUAUGUGGACUGCCAUGUAUCAUCUGCUGACGGUGUUAGUCAGUGUUACUUUUAACGUGAACUCAGUGCUCCGUGUUGGUGCUCUGCAGGCCCGGCGGCAGGGUAACCAAACACAGUCACUGCCAAUGUUGCUGGCACACAUUAAGCGCCCGCCGGCUUCACAGAAUGCUUCUUCCGGAAAGAGCCAGUUUGUUCCAGACAUGUGCUAUGGGUACUUUGAUGUGAUGGGGCAGUUUGAUACCACCUUUAACUGUACAACAGGUACAUUCCGCUACUGCUGUGGUACUUGCCACUACCGCUUCUGUUGUGAGCAUCGCCACAAGCGAUUGGACCAGGAAAAGUGUAGCAACUAUAACACCCCAUUGUGGGCGUACACAACUCAAUCUAUUACAACCAGUGCCAACAGCAAGCAGAAUCACAAUGAACACUCCGACCAGACCAAUAGCACCGUCUAUGUCAUAUGUGGUGUAAUUAGCUUCACUCUAGCUGUGGGCAUUGGAGCCAAGUUUGCCUUCAACAAGGCCUCCCGACAAGCCCGUGGGAGAGAGAUCGAUGUACCCAGAACUCUUGUAGAUAUCCUUCGGCACCAAUCAGUUCAAGGGAACCACACUGAAAGAAACAAUAGCACAACUCUCAAUUCAGGAAUCCAUGAUAACGGGCUAUCACGCCAACCCAAGAACCUCUACAACCCAGUCAAAUCUGCCAAGAGCAACCAUGAUAACCUGCAUCAUAAUUUCAUCCUGACCGUCAACAGCCCAAAGCAUGCAUCUACUCUGGACUACAGAAUGAACAAUAUACAGCUUCCAACUUCUUCUUCCACAAAGUACAACACCAUGUCUUUCUCCCGCUCCUUCCACAAUCUCUCGCAUUUGCCACCAUCCUACGAGGCUGCCAUCAAGUCUGACAUCAGCAGAUACUCUUCCCUCAAGAGACUUGAAAAAGAUAUGGAUGAUUUGUACCUGAAAAGGAAACACCUGGCCGAAUUAACCCGUGGUACGCUCCCUCACCAUGUCAUCAAAAUGAACUACGAUUAUGAUGGCUAUCUGGAAAAAUCUCAAGCUCCAAGACGAGUAAUGUCUCAGGAGCAUAUUCUCUCAGACAAUCACUAUCCUGUUCAUUAUGAUUACACCAUACCUAGAGACCGCCUUGUCUCUCAAGAACGCCUUCUUUCGAGGGAGGUGUUGCACUCACAAGAACACCUGCUUUCUCCUGAAAGGAUGCACCACCGUGGCCCAUCACCAUUUCAAGAAAUGCGCCUAGUCCACCAGAGAGCUCAGUCCCACAGCAAUGUCUGUGCCAGCACCCCAAUGCUUGACCGCCAUCACAUGAUAAAGAUGAACUCCCAUCCUACAUCUUCCAACUCACCCAAGACUACUUGGGACAUGGGCAACCACACAGCCAACAGGCGACAAGCCUUUGCUGCCAAGCGCCAAAACACCAUCGAGCAGCUUCAGUUCAUCCCUGGACAUCUCCCAAGUCAGCAUCUGCGCACAGGCAGCAAGAACGAGGUCACUGUUUAAACUCCUUAUUUUGGCCGUUUCUUUUUUUCCCUCCUUAGAAUAAGAGGCAGUUGGUUUUUGUACUGUAGUUUCCUGCUUUUUCUCGUUGCUUUACGUCGAAUCGCUAUCAUAAAACCUAAAGUACAGGCAGAAGACAAUAUUAAUUUGAGUCCUUGUAAGGACAAUGUUUUAAUGUUUCAUUCACUUUUUUAAAAAACAUAAUCCAACUGCCUCCACCGCCAAGUUCAUGAUUCAGUUCUUGGCACCAACAGAUGUCAAAGAUAAUGAUAUCUUUAAGACAAAGACAAGCAAGCUGGAAACAGGAAACAUAGCACUGGCUUCUCAGCUGGGACCACCAGGUGGUCACAUAAAAAGUAGAACCUCAUGAUGGUAAGAAACCGUUCAGUUCCACCGUAGAUUGAGCUGAAGGAAACAAUAAGCGUUGUUGAGGUGUUUGGCCAAUUUUAGCUAGCAAGAAGAUAAUGGAGCCAAACUGUGACCCUUGUGUGCUCUAAUCAGGUCAAGAACUGUAAAGUUGCACAUUUUUUAUCUCUGUUUCUGUAUGAAAAAUGUGAUAUACUGCAUUUUGGAUGGACACAAAAAUGCCAUAAAAUCUUUACAUGGAGAAUGUUUUUAAACAAAACUAUUGUCUUGAAUGAGAAAUCAAAAAGAACAAUACCUUGGUUUGAUAGAUGCCAAAACUGUGUCGUUCAUAUUCCAGCUGGACAA